AUGCCUUCCUCCAUCGACGAGAAGUCUCCCAUCGACGAGAAAGCCUCGUACGAUGACGGCGUCAUCUCCAAGGUUGACGCCGAGGUAUCCGUGAACGAACUCAGGGACGACACUGUGCACGCCGCCGAAGGCGACUAUACCGAGGAUCAAUACGCUACAUUGAAAAAGAAGAUCGACAGAUAUCUCCUUCCCCUCAUGUGGCUUUGCUAUGGUAUCCAACAAACGGACAAGACGGCGACUGGCACGAUGGCUACCUUCGGUAUGCGUACCGACACCGGUCUUGUUGGACAACAAUACUCGUGGUUGACGACUAUCUUCUACAUCACGUACAUGUGCUGCGAGUUCCCCUCCAACUUCCUCCUGCAGCGGUGGCGACUUGGCCGUACUCUUUCCAUCUACAUGAUCUGCUGGGGCAUCAUCGUGCUUUGCAUCGGCUUUGCAAAGAACUUCAGUCACCUCAUUGCUCUUCGUGCUCUCCAGGGUGUAGCCGAAUGCUGUAUCAGCCCAGGUUUCUUGCUCGUCAUUGGUAGCUGGUACAAGACGCGCGAGCACCCUUCUCGUUCCUUGUUCUUCCAGAGCGCGAACGCCGGCUUUGGCGCCAUCUCUAGCUUGAUCCUCUACGGCAUCGGUACUCUUCAGGAGAAGCAUCCUGGCUUUCAGGCAUGGAGGGCCAUGGCAUGGUUCCUGGGUGGUCUCACAACCGUGGUCGGCAUUCUUUGCUUGUACUUCCUCGGUACGCCUUCGGAGGUCCCGUGGCUCAAGCCUGAAGAGAAGCGCAUGGCGAACGCGCGCAUCGUCUCCAACCAGUCAGGCAAUGACCGUACCGGCACACAGACGUGGAAGUGGUAUCAAGUCCGUGAAUGCCUUACCGACCCCUGCGUCUGGUUGUCCGGCUGCAACGCGUUCCUGUCGAGCGUGCCGAACGGUGGUAUUACGACCUUCGGUAGCAUCAUCAACCAGAGCCUUGGCUUCUCGAACCUUCAGGUCAUCCUACUCGGCAUUCCGAUGAAUUGCACGUCGGUCAUCCUGUUCGUGAUUGUUGGUUUCAGCACAAUGCGUUGGCAAGGUCUGCGGAUGUACAUCAUGGCUGCUGCGACUAUCCCGCCCUUCAUCGGGCUGCUCGGCAUGUCCCUCAUAACCACCAGCCCGGAAACGAAGUGGACGAAGUGGGGCAUGUACUACAUGACCGUGCCCUUCGUUCUCGCAAUGUUCCUCGGUUGGACCCUCAUCCCGAGUAACUUCCCGGGGCGUACCAAGCGUACGGUCACGUCUUCCUUCACCUUCAUGAUGUACUGCGUGGGCAACAUGGUCGGCUCUCAGAUCUUCAAGGCGGAAGACGCUCCGAAAUAUACCUCAGGGACCGUCGGUUGCAGUACUUGCUUCGCCCUCGAGUGCUUGGUGAUCCUGACUUGGCGUACGAUCUAUGUAUUGCGCAACCGCCGACGUGAACGUGCGGCAGCUGCUGCCGGUAUCACAGAGGAGGAGCGUGUCGCGCAAGGGAAGCUAAAUGGCGAGCUUGACAAGACCGACUUCGAGAACCAGCACUUCCGUUACACCUUGUAG